GUCGCGGUCCUGCAGCCCCGGCCUCGCCGGUCCUACCGCUCCCGCCAUGGCACAGUGCCGCCUCACCGACUUCUUCGCGCGCCGCCGUCCUGGGCUCCGGGCCAAGCCUACGCGCACCAAGCCGGCCUGGCGCACCCCGAGUCCCGCCAAGCCCGCGUCCCGCGCCCCGGCCCCCGGCCCCGGCAGCAGCCGCAAGCGCGCCCGCUCGCCCGCCGAGCCCACGCGCGACGAGCCUGCGCCGCCCGCGCGCAGGAGGCUGCGACUGCCGGCCAACGCGGUCUCUGGCCCUAGUUCCCCAGCUGCCGCUGGCUCCCCAGAGCAGUCUUCUCCCCAAAGCAAGAAGACAAAGAAGGGCGUCCUCUCAGCCAGUCAGCGACCUUGCCUGGCAGCCCAGGAGGACAAGGACAAGGUCCCUUCCAAAGUCACUCUCUCUGAGCUUAAGUCGUGCCUGCAGCGGGCACAGGAUCUGGGGGCACGGGUCCAGGAGCUGAAGGCAAGUGCACAGAAGAAUGCUGGGGAACCCAGCGCGCCGGAGGACGAGGGGCACCCAGCCGGGCUGUGUGGUGAGCAGAUGCCUGCCUACCAGCGCUUCCACGCCCUGGCCCAGCCGGGGCCCCCGGGCCUCGUGCUGCCCUACAAGUACCAGGUGCUGGCCGAGAUGUUCCGCAGCAUGGACACCAUCGUGAGCCUGCUCUACAACCGCUCUGAGACUGUGACCUUCACCAAGGUCAAGCAGGGCGUCCAGGACAUGAUGCGCAAGCGCUUUGAGGAGCGCAACGUGGGCCAGAUCAAAACCGUGUACCCUGGCUCCUACCACUUCCGCCAGGAGCGCUACAUCCCCACCUUCAAGGAUGGCAUCAGGAGGUCUGAUUACCAGCUCACCAUCGAGCCGCUGCUGGACCAGCAGGCUGGCAGUGCGGCCCCCCAGCUCACGGCAUCGCACCUGCUGCAGCGGCGCCAGGUCUUCAGGCAGAAGCUGCUAGCCCGAGUCCAGGAGCAUCACAGGGCCUUCCUGGCCUCCCUGAACCCCCCCAUGGAGGUGCCUGAGGACCAGCUGACACGCUGGCACCCCCGCUUCAACGUGGACGAAGUGCCUGACGUCGAGCCGGCCGAGCUGCCCCAGCCGCCCACUGUGGAGAAGCUGGCCUCCGCCCAGGAGGUGCUGGCCCGUGCCCGCAGCCUGAUGUCACCCAGGAUGGAGAAGGCUCUGAGUGACCUGGCCCAGCGCACGGCCCAGCCUAGCAGCCCCCCGUCCGCCAGCCCGGCACUGCCGGCCACCCCGCCGGCCACGCCGCCUGCCGCUCUGAAGGGGGUGUCCCAGGCCCUGCUGGAGCGGAUCCGGGCCAAGGAGGCGCAGAAGCAGCUCGCGCAGAUGACGCGGCGCCCGGAGCGCGAGCAGCGGCUGCAGCGGCUUGAGCGGCUGCCCGAGCUGGCCCGCGUGCUGCGCGGCGUCUUCGUGUCGGAGCGCAAGCCAGCGCUCACCAUGGCGGUGGCCUGCGCCAAGAUGGCGGGCAGCUACCGCGCGGCCAUGAGCCCCGGGGAGAUGGAGAAGCACGUGCAGCUCCUGUCUGAGCUGCUGCCCAACUGGCUCAGCCUCCACCGCAUCCGCACCGACACCUACGUCAAGCUGGACAAGGCCGCCGACCUGGCAGGUGUCGUGGCACAGCUGGCCCGCCUCUCCCGUGCCGAAGAGGCGCUGUGAGCCUGGCGGACAGGUGCCGACACUGCUGGGCUGCCGGGCCUGUGUCUCACUUCCACCAGGAACACAACGCACUUUGCUUUCCCCGUCCCGAGUCCCCGUGAGGGUCAGGCCUCUGGCUGCUGGGCUCGA